AUGGCAACCAUCACACUCCCAGAACCAUUUGCAAGCAUUCCUCGAACAGAUUUACUUUUUGGCCCUUCACCAAUACAUCACCUUCCCAGGAUAUCUGAAGCCUUGGGUGGGAGAGUUUCCAUAUGGGCAAAGCGGGAAGAUUGUAAUUCUGGGAUUGCGUUCGGCGGUAAUAAAACUAGGAAGCUCGAGUAUCUUGUCCCUGAGGCUCUAGAGCAGGGCUGUGAUACAUUGAUUAGCAUCGGCGGGGUGCAAUCAAAUCACACACGUCAGGCGAAGCUUGUCCAAGAGCAUUGGGUCGACUGGUCCGACCCAGGCUAUGAGAAGGUCGGCAAUAUCCAAAUAUCUCGUCUCAUGGGCGCCGCCCCACGUCUAGUCCCCUCAACCUUCGGCAUCGAGCAUAAGCCCACGCUCGCAAAUCUUACUCAGGAAGUUAUUGAGUCCGGCGGGAAGCCAUACUACAUCCCCGCGGGAGCAUCAGAUCAUCCCCUGGGCGGUCUGGGAUUCGCCCGCUGGGCCUUUGAAGUCCACCAACAAGAAGAUCAUCUGGGUAUCUUCUUCGACACCGUUCUUGUUUGCGCUGUGACUGGAAGUACAUUCGCUGGUAUGAUCGCUGGCUUUAAACUCCUAGAAAAGAACUUCGGCACCCCCAAGCGUCGAGUCAUUGGUAUAGAUGCAAGCGCCAAACCAUCCUCAACGCGCGCUCAGGUGCUGCGAAUCGCAAAAUUCACAGCUUCUAAAAUCGGACUCUCCGAAGACGAUAUUACCGAGGAGGAUGUGGAAUUGGAUGAGAGAUAUCACGAUGGGUGUUACGGAAUUCCUGGGGAGAUGACCAAGGAGGCGAUGAGGUUUGGGGCUCAGACCGAGGCGUUUAUUACGGAUCCUGUUUAUGAGGGGAAGAGUCUUGCUGGAUUGAUGGAUAUGGUGAGGAAAAGAGAGAUUACGGAGGGAGGUAAUGUGCUUUAUGCGCAUCUUGGAGGGCAGCUGGCGUUGAAUGCCUAUUCAGAUGUGUACUGA